UAAUUGUCAAUAAUCUCGAUUUUCCUGUUUCCUUCGAUGAAAUUUUUCGCGAUUUCUGCAAAACAAAAAUAACUCGUAAUACGACUUGUAGGAGUUGUAGUAAGUAAAGGAAAGGACUUAUAUUCAUCAUGUAUCGUCUACGAACGGUGUUGAAUGUUUUGCAAAAAGUACAAUCAGCACCCAACGCUGUGCGUAUGAGCAGUGCUUCAAACACAACGAUGGAUACGACGUACAUGGAAAUUCCUGUUUACGACAUCAACAAGCCACAAACUUUACAAAAACGCAAGGCAAGACUUCAUUAUCAAUCUCGCAAAAGAGGAAUGCUUGAAAAUGAUCUUCUACUGAGUACAUUUGCAAAGAAAUUCCUGGAUGGAUUUAAUGAAGAGCAGACUAUGAUGUAUGAUCGCUUAAUCAAUUCUCCCAGCAACGACUGGGACAUAUUCCACUGGAUUGUAGAAAAGAAACCAACUCCAAGUGAAUUUGAUAAUGAAAUUAUGGAUUUGCUCAAGAAGCAUGCUAAGAAUGAAAACCGGGAGUCAUUGAGACAGCCUAAUCUACACUAAACCAAAAUGUUACAUACAUCACCUUAAUAGUUUUAAUAGUUGUUGAAUUUUUUGAUAAGUAGGUAGUUGAAUGUUAUUAAUUUCAGUAUUGUAGUUUUAACAAUGAUAAAUAAUGAAUAUUAAUUGUAUUUAACAGCAUUUCUAGAAAAAAAUAUAAAUUUUGCAGUUGGACAACAUGUUUAAGUGUCUUUUCAAUAAUUGAAAUUAUUAUUAUAUGAAACAUGUUAUAUUAUGUAUAUUUUAAUAUAUCAUAAUAAUAUGUAUUACUUACUUUAAGUAUUGCCAUCAUAUUUUUUCACAAUGAUAUGUUACAUAGCAUCUAACACAUUUAGGAAAUAAAUUACAUAUUGUUUUACCUAAAGACUGUUUAUGUUUUCUUAAUUACUGUUCUUUUCUAAGGAGUUGAAUUUUGAACUGGAGUAAUAAAAUAUGUCUCACCUAGAUCAAAGUAAAUUAGUUAUGAGUUGAUUUGUCUCA